AUGUUACUGCUUCAGAGGAUACGCGCGGAUGAGCAGAUCAUGGCUGAAGAGGUGGUGCGACUGCGACGUGAGGCUGACCCCAGGGUCAUGAUUCGCCGUUUCUGGCGUUCCUCCGGGCUUCCUUUGGAUCACAUAUUUGCAACCGCUGCGGGCGUGUACCGUCGAUCGCGCCUCCGAACUGCGCUCUCAACCUGGCAUUCCGUGGCCAAGGCAGAAACCCACCACAUCAACUACAGAAUCGAGGCAGCAGAAGUCAUUCAACGCGCUACACGAGUUUUUAUCGCAAGACAUACAGCUGAGCGUCGCCGCCGCGUGCGUGGUCCGGCGGUGUUGGCAGCCUCCCGCAUGAUUCAGGCCGAAUUUCGUUCGCGGAAAGCCCGAGUAAAGACUGCUGACGUAGCAGUUCGACAGCAAAACCGACAAGAGCUUCGAAAACGAUACUGGUGCGACGAGACUGCGAAAGACGAACAAAGGAGACGAGAUGCGUCGACCGUGAUACAAGCGGCGUGGAGGGGGGCUGCUGGGCGCGCAGCAGGAUUGAAUAGGGCACGACGAACGCUGAGGGGGGUGUUGAAUGAGCUGGGUGGUGGCCGGGGGCGCAUGCACAGGUAG